AUGUCGAUUCCGGCAGAAGAAGUCCGUGAAGCCAUUGAAGCCGAGCAUGCGCUCACGUUCUGGGAAGCUGUGAAGUUGUACCCUAAGGCGAUCGGGUGGUCGAUGUAUUUCAGUCUGGGGGUGAUCAUGCUCGCAUUUGACCCGCAACUCCUCGGAAAUCUAUACGCCAUGCCUGCCUUCCAGAAACAGUUUGGAUACGCCUUCGAAGAUGGCUACAUUAUCUCCGCUGCGUGGCAGACUGGUCUCGGCAUGGGCAAUCCAAUCGGACAGGUUGUUGGCGCGCUGGCUGCAGGUUAUCCUAUGGAGUGGUACGGGCGUAAGAGGACAUUCAACGUGUGUGUAUUCGCUGUCACAGGGUUGGUGUUCAUCCAAUUUUUCGCGCGUUCGCUGCCGGUGCUAUUAGCUGGCGAACUGCUCGCAGGUCUUGUGUUGGGUGCGUUCGUGGUUAUCGCACCAGCGUAUGCGUCCGAGGUUAGUCCUCUGGCGAUGCGCAGCGUGAGCACGAGUUAUGUGAAUUUGUGCUUUGUUACGGGCCAGUUGCUUGGGAAUGGGGUUUGUGCUGCGACGCAGCAUAUUACCAGUCACUGGGCAUACUCGAUUCCUUUCUCCCUACAGUGGUUCUGGUGCUUGGUAAUCUUUCCUGGUAUGUGGUUUGCACCUGAAAGCCCGUGGUGGCUUGUGAGACAAGGCAGGCUCGAAGACGCAGAAGAAGCGCUGAGAAGGUUGUCAAGCGCAAAAGUCAACGUCAAAGCAAGUCUGGCGCAGAUCGUGGAAACAGACAUGCUGGAGAGGGACAUGGAGGCUGGAAGCACCUACUACGACGUGUUUCGCAAGGUCAAUUGGCGCCGGACGGAAAUUGCAAUCGGAGUGUACACUACACAAGUGCUGUGUGGAGUAUAUCUUAUCAAUUACGGGACGUACUUCUUCAGCCUUGCUGGAUUAGACACAGAUCAGGCGUUCAACAUGGGUCUUGGGUUUAUGGCCGUCGGCUGGGUGAGCGUUCUACUCUCAUGGUAUCUGAUGCAGAGAUUCGGGAGGCGCGUGCUGUUCGGCGCUGGUCUUACUGUGCUUACUGUCAUCAUGUUUUUGGUCGGUAUCCUGGACUGUGUACCAACGCAAGGCGCCGUAUGGGCCAAGUCCACAAUGCUCUUGGUUUGGAACUCUGUUUAUAACUGGAGCGUCGGUCCUGUUGCAUUUGCGAUCUUCUGCGAAGUCAGCGCUACACGCGUGCGCUCGAAGACCAUCGCAGUGGCCACGGCAGUGCAAGCGCUGGUUGGCAUCAUCAUGACUGUUGCGAUUCCGUACCUCAUCAAUCCAGAUGAGGCAAACUUAGGCGGCAAGCUUGGUUUCUUCUUCGGUGGUCUCUCGAUACCAUGUCUGAUCUGGUGGUUUUUGCGAGUGCCCGAGAUGAAGGGGCGCACGUAUGAGGAGCUUGAUAUCAUGUUCGAGAGGAACGUGAAGACACGGCAGUUCAAGGGGUAUCAGAUCUGA